AGGGGAGUUUGAAUCUGCGGGGCAGCGGGCGGUCGCCAUAGGGACGCGGCGGGCGGGCGGGAUGGACGGACGGGCGGCACCGGGCCCGCGCGGCGCCAUGAGGAAGAGCGAGGUGCUGGCGGCGGAGUCUGUGGCAUGUCUGAACAGCGCCCUGGGCAAACUGCGGGAUAUCUGGGAGGAGAUCGGGAUCCCUGAGGAGCAGCGACUGCAGCGAACAGAUGUGGUGAAGAAGCACGUCAAGGGGCUGCUGGACAUGAUGAUAGCCGAGGAGGAGGACCUAAAGGAGCGCCUGCUCAAGAGCAUCGCCUCAUGUCGCAAGGAGCUGGACACCCUGUGCCAGGAGCUCCACUUAGAUCCUUUCGAGGAGGAGGAGAGCACCAUCCUGCAACUAGAGAGGGACCUGCGCACCCGUGUGGAAGUGAUGGCAAAGCAGAAGCGGGAGAGAAAGCAAGAGCUGAAAGCCCUGCAGGAUCGAGACCGGGAUCUGUGUGACCUCCUUUGCACCCGCCCGUACAGCAUUGACAGCAGCGCCGUACCCAGCCUGGAGGAGCUCGAUGGCUUCCGGCGCCACCUGGCCACGCUGACGACCGAGAAGGAGCGCCGGCGAGAGGAGUUUGUGCACACCAAGCGGCAGAUCAUCAAGUGCAUGGAAGAGCUGGAGCAUGUCCCCGACACCAGCUUCGAGCAGGAUGUGGUGUGUGAGGACGAGGAAGCCUUCUGCCUCUCCACCGAGAACAUUGCUGCGCUCAAGGAGCUGCUCCAGCAGCUGGAAGCCCGGCAGGCACUUAACGAGGCGGUGUGCGCAGAGCUGCGUUCCCGAAUCCUGGAGCUGUGGGACCGCCUGCAGGUUCCAGCUGAGGAGAGGGAUGCUGUGGCCCCACACAUGACUGGGUCCCGCGCCAGGACCAGGAGAGAGCUGCAGCUGGAAGUGGACCGCCUGGAGGAGCUGAAGCUGCAGAACAUGAAGGUGGUGAUCGAGGCGAUCCGCGUGGAGCUGGCAGCCUACUGGGACAAGUGCUUCUACAGCCCAGCCCAGCGGGAGGGUUUUGCCCCCUAUUAUGAUGAGGACUACACGGAGACCCUGCUGCAGCUCCACGACGCUGAGGUGGGGAGGCUGAAGCACUACUACGAGACGCACAGGGAGCUCUUUGAGGCCGUCCAGAAGUGGGAGGAAAACUGGAGACUCUUCCUGGAGCUGGAGAGAAAAGCAAGCGACCCGAGCCGCUUUGCCAACCGUGGGGGGAACCUCCUAAAGGAAGAGAAGCAGCGGGCCAAGCUGCAGAAGACCCUCCCCAAGCUGGAGGAGGAGCUGCGCGUGCGCAUUGAGGGCUGGGAGCAUGAGAACCAGGAGGCUUUUCUGGUGAGCGGGCAGCAGUUCAUGGAGUACGUGGCAGAGCAGUGGCAACUCUUCCGCCUGGAGAAGGAGAAGGAGAAACAGGAGCGCCAACUGAAGAAGAGCCGGCAGAUCGAGGAAGAGAUGUUGUAUGGCGCUGUGCCCAAGACACCUGCCAAGCGCCGUGUGCUGGGGCCUCACACGCCUGGCAAAGUAAGGAAGCUCAAUGCCACCUCGGUCUCCAGUGCCACUCCCAACAGCACGAUACGUUCAGGCUUUGGCACAGUGCUCUGCCAUUCCCCGGUGUCCCGGCUGCCGCCUUCCGCGGGCAAACUUGGCCAGUCUGCUCGGCACCCUGGCCACGUAGCCGCCAAGCCCCCGCGCCCCGGCCUCAAGGAGCGCAACAAGGAGAACGUGCUGCAGCUGCAUGGCCCCGGGCUGAGCGGUGGGUGCACCCCCACGGCCCCUGCCCAACGUAACUACAGCAUUAACUCUGUUGCCAGCACCUAUUCCGAAUUUGCGCGCGAGCUCUCAAAGGCCUCCAGGUCUGACACCAGCUCCCACAUCCUGAACUCCACCACCACCAACCUGCACUGCUGAGGCACGGCUGCCUGGCCUGGCCCCAGCGCUGCCACCAGCCGCUGUUCCCAGAGCCACCGCGUGCACCUGUCUCAGCCGCUGCCCAUCCGCUGGAGCCAGGUGGGCCCUGCCCCAGGCCUGACUUCAGCCUGGUCCCCUGGUGCUUCUCUGCUCUUCUUGCCUAGAGUCGGGAUCCUUUUGUUUUUAUGAUUAAACGUUUGCUUUCCUGCCCCAGCCCUGCUGCCGCCUCUGCACUGGCUCAGCCUGGUGGCAGGCAGCCCCCAGCAGUGGACUAGGGCAACACCCAGGUGCAGGGCUCAGGCAGGAGCAGGAGCUGGGUGAGGAGUGGGGGCUUCGGGCACCACUGGAAGGGAAGCGGCGCUCCCUCUGCCCCAGCUACUGCCCCUGCCACCCUCGGCACCGCUGCACCUCCCGGUGCCUGUAAAUACUAGCCCUGGCCCUCUGGGCGGGGUGCACCGUGUUAGCACUACAGCUUUGCUUGGUUAUUUAUUCCCUGCUGCCUGGGCCCAAGCCGCUGGGGGGGAGGGCUCCUGCUGCACCUCUGUUUGUCUGUGGGGAAGCCGUGGGGCGCGUGGGGGGGACUUGUUUUAACCUCUGCUGACUGACCUGCCUCCCCGUUCGCCUCGGAUGCCAGAGGGGAAGCGGGCUCUGUACCGGGACGAAGAAUACACAAAUAAACGAUAAAACGGGA